CCCAAUGCCAAACACUCUUAAGAUGACCAAAUAUAAACCUUUUGAGGUCUUAUAGCAUCACUUUCAUCACCAAGAAACGGCAAUGUCAGCUUCGGCAGUCUCAGCUGGUUUGUUUGUUGGCGGUGUGGCAGUAGGGGCAACUGGGGCAUGGUUAUUGCAAAAACCGGAGCAUAACAAGCCGAUUGUUGGUGUUGCACAAGCAUCAAUACCCAAUCAUUCUACUUCUACCCCUUCCCCUUCUUCUGAAAGUGACAUUCGUCUAAUACACGGUAAUCCAGGACCUGUUGCGGAUUUUCUUCGUCAUGUUUCUUAUAUUAGCGCAUACGAUCGAAUGCACAAACAUCCUCAUUGGACAGCCGAACAUAUCACUGCAGCCCAUUUAAGACCACCUCUUUCGGACGGAGGAGGUGGGAAAGGAGAUCGAAGUAGAAGUGUUUUCAAAGAAGAUGAUCGAAUUCCGCUUUUGUUCAGAAGUAAAAAUUCAGAUUAUUUUCGUUCAGGAUACGAUCGUGGUCAUAUGGUUCCUGCAGCUGAUUCAAAAAUUUCUCAAAUUGCAAUGGAUGAAACAUUUUUAUUGAGUAAUAUUGCACCACAAAUUGGUGAAGGUUUUAAUAGAGAUUAUUGGGCUCAUUUGGAAGAUUACGUUAGAAGAUUAACAACCAAGUUUGAAAAUUUAUACGUUUUCACAAUUCCACUUUAUUUGCCAAGAUUACAAUCAGACGGUAAAUGGAGAGUGAAUUAUGAAGUUAUAGGAGAUCCUCCUUCGGUUUCCGUUCCAACUCAUUUUGCAAAAGUCAUUUACGCUCAAGGUAGACCGGGUGAUCGUAGCACGCCAACAACAUCUACUUCUCCCGCUUUGCCUGCUACCAAUCCAGGAUCAAAUAAUAGCCUUUUGGGAAAAGUCGGAUUGAGUGGAUCUUCUUCCAAUUGGACAGCAUUGGGCGCAUUCGUUUUACCAAACGCAAUCAUUCCAAACGAACAACCGUUAAAGAGCUUUUUGGUUCCCGUCGAAGCUGUUGAAAGGGCUGCCGGCUUGAUGCUCUUCCCUCCUGCAACGAAAACCAAUACACCUUCUUUGUGUGAUGUGACUGAUUGUCAAAUCAUCGUACGUGAUUUCAGUGACCGUAAUAAACAACAGCAACAACAGCAACAAACCAGAAAUGCAUCACUACCAACACCUUCCCGUUAAUCUAUACUCUUGUACUUAUACUAGCACACAUUAUUAAUAUAAAAGCGAUUACGAUCGAAUUAGAAUGGCA